AAAUAAAGUCAUUCAAUGAAAAUGAAUCAUUGACAGACAAGACGACGAAAUAUUUUAUCACUUGUUGGCAUUUAUUUAAACAUGUUUCAACGAAGCAAGCGGCAACCAACUUUCUCCCCAUUUUCUUCCUCAAACCUCCAUCAAUGGCUUCCUUCUCCAGAAUCCUCUCCCCAUUUUCACUAUUUCUUCUGAUUCUUGUCAUCUCCACUCAAACCCACCUCUCCUUUUCAGCAAGGGAUCUUCUCCUCAAGUCAUCUGAUAUCCACGAUCUUCUUCCCCUUUACGGUUUUCCAGUCGGUCUCUUACCCAGCAAUGUCAAGUCCUACACUCUCUCAGACGAUGGUAGCUUCGUAAUCGAACUCGAAAGCGCUUGCUAUGUCCAGUUCGCUGAUCUGGUCUAUUACGGAAAGACGAUCAAGGGGAAAUUGAGCUAUGGGUCAUUGAGCGAUGUUUCUGGGAUUCAAGUCAAGAAGUUGUUCGCCUGGCUUCCUAUUACUGGAAUGAGGGUUACUUCAGACUCUAAAUCCAUCGAGUUUCAGGUUGGGUUCUUGUCUGAGGCUUUGCCGUUCAGCAUGUUUGAGUCCAUUCCUACAUGCAGAAAGAAAGCUUGCCUAGAAGGGAAAACAGAGGCAGUGUGAGGUGGAAAUAAUAGCUUUCCAAAACGCUUAUCCUUUUCAUUGGGUGAGAGAAGCAUGUUGGUCUUUGCAAGAAGAAUAAUGUAAUCUUUGUUUUUAUGUCAUGAACCUACGGUGUUCAUUUUUAAUCUUUUUCCUACAUGUUCAUCUAUAUUUAUAUCUAUAUCAUAAAUAUUCUCACAUGUUUACCUAAUGUUUUCUUUCAAUAAUAUUAUCUUUUUACGAUAA